CGUUGUCUCCAUAAAUUGUGCACCUUCCAUAGAUUCCGGUUCACUGCGAACGCCCCGUUUCUGCAGCUCCUCUAGCCGUACGCUACGUCAGGAUCACCCCUCGUAAGAAGACGAUAUGCGUUUCACUAGUGUUGCAUUUCUCGCUGGACUUGUGUCCGCUGUCUCGGCACAUUUCCAUCUGCAGUACCCAGGGCCUCGGGGAGCGUUCGUAGAGUCGAGCGAGCCAACAUUCUGCGACAACUAUGGCGAUGCCACAACCAACCGCACGACCUUCCCGCUCAACAACGGUUACUAUUCCCUCAACUCGGAGCACCCGACCUGGACGCUCGGCGUGAUAAUCUCAGCCGUCCAGAACCCGAACAACUUCGCGAACUUCACGGACUCGAGCGGCAAGUACCAGAUGGUGGUGAACUACUUCGAAACGUCCGGCGAGGGCUCGUUCUGCGCGCCGAUCAACAUCAGCGCGGCCGGCAUUGAUGGUGUGAAGGACGGCUCGAACGUCACGGUCCAGUUCAUCUUCGACGGUGGCGAUGGUGCGCUGUACCAGUGCGCGGACCUUACCCUCUCGGAGAGCACGACCGCCAUCCCGUCGGACGUCUCCUGCGCAAACGCGUCGAGCGCAGCCGUCACCUACUUCAGCUCCGGUGUCACCCCUACGUUCAGUGCGACGGCAACCAGCUCCAGCGCGAGCUCGACCAGUACCUCCAGCGCGGCCGAUGCGAAGGCUGUCGUCGGUGUCUCUGGCCUCGUGCUCAGCGUGUUGGGUGGUCUGUUGGCGCUGGCGUGAAUGAUGUUUGGUUAAUGUUGUUGUAACGACGUGUCACGUACAUAAAAUGGAUGGAUUGAUGACUGUUUCAACGUUGUCGAGUUCUGAGUAAGGGA